UGUUUUAUUGAUAUGCAAAUAGACAUCCAGCAAAAGAAAAAUGGCAGGUGAUGUAUGCCUUCAAAUCUGUAGAUGUGCAUGGAUUUGUCCUGAAUCCCUUAAAGAACUUGGGAGCAACUAGGGUAUACAGACCUUCUGUAUAGUGUAAGUGUCAUAACGUAAUUAUGUACAGAACAGAUAUACACACCAUCUGUAAUGCUUACCGUGUCAUAACAUAAUUGUGUGUAGGACAGUGAGUGAGUGAAAAAAUGUGUGUUUUUAGAUACAGUAUAUUUACAAACAAAUAUGAUAAACUUUUCUUUAUAAAAUCACAAAGUCACACUGGUGAAAAGUCUUGAGCAAAAAGGCUUUCCCAUGGAGAGCAGGAGCUCACCGUGUUAAGCCUCAAUGACAGGCGGCAUACUGCCGGGAAAGACUUCAGUACAUCCCGUUGUAUCACCUGGGCACCCCAGGUCACAACUCGCAUAAUCUGCUAAAGAUGAAUCCAGUGGAUCAGAAUGGGACAAAUGAAAGCCUCUGGAUGCUGCCUUCUCCAGUCCCAGUCAGGGAGCAGUCUGAAGAAUGCUCCCUUCAGCCAGUAAAAAAAGAGGAAGUUAGUAUAAUGACAGUGGAGAAGGAAGAGAAUGAAGACUGGCUGAACUCCGAUGAUGAGGAUGUUGUGAAAGUGACAGUGCCAUCAUUACGCUCUGAUAAAGCAUACACUCUGAUGGAAAGUCAUAAUGUGCAGGACUGUAAAAACCAGGAGGGUGAGAUUGAAUCUUGCAACAUGAAAUCAGUGGAACCAGAGAAAGCAGCAUAUACAGAUAGGAAAGCUAGUGCUGUUAAUAAAAGUAACUCUAAGGGCCGUGGCCUGCGAUGCAAAUCAGGCAGACAGACAUUGAAGCCUUCAGUUACUGUUCAGUUGGACACAAGAACAGGGGAAACGAGUACCCUAAGUGAUUUUGAGCGUGGGAUGAUUAUCGGUGCAAGUUACGCCGGUUCCAGUAUCUCUGAAGUGGCUGCCCGGCUGGGAUUUUCACCCACAACGGUGUCUAAGGUUUACAAAGAAUAUAGAAAUGCUUCAAAGAAGUCCUAGAAAAGAACUCCAGUAAUGGUUCAGACUGUUUGAGGAUCUACAGCAUUUUUAAUUCACUCAGAAAAUGUAAUGAAAGAGAGAAUGAAAGAAACAAAACCAUCUGGACAAAAAUAAAUCCAUACAUAUGCUUCAAAAAAGAUACUGAAGACUAGAUCAUAUAAUAAAUGACCCACUCUGAAGAGAAGUAAAUAAAGCAGAGGAAUUGGAUGAAUUUAAAGCUGCACAGGGGGAAAUCCUUAUUAGUGUUCUCUGACGAAUGUUUAGGGUUUUUAAGAGACUACUUAAGAUGCAUUAAUCGGCUAACUAGUGUGAGAAAAUGUUUUGAAUCUGGAAAAGGAUUCAUAAAACUAAUCCAACUGACUAUGAAACUAAAAAAACAAACCCAAUUAUCCAUACAGGAGAGUGACCAUUUAAAUGUCUAGCUGUAGAAAAUAAUUGUAAAUAAAAGACUAUUAAAAAAAAGUCCAAUACCG